UAUGUUUAUAGACACAUUUGAGUUCUUUUAUGUAACAAGCUUUCUGUAAUUUUCCCAUGUAUUGCUGAUAGUAAUAGCUAAUCAGUAAAGUAACCUGUAAGACCUUGUUGGUUAAUAGAAAAGUUCUUCAGCUAACUUCACUUAUUCGCUAUUUUUUAUAAUUUUUUUUAUUUUUUGGUGUCCCACAGGCCACUGGCUAAAGUAUAAUGAACUGGCCCAUAUCGUUUUAUCAAUUGGUGGUUUAUAUCUUGCCAGAUUUUUUGGCAGUUUUCAGUGUUUUUUAAUUUAGGAACGUUGGUGACAGUUAUUGAAGAAGAUCUGAAAUGGUCUGUACUAGUGGUCACUGAAGUGAUGCAAAGGAAUCAACUAAGAAAAUCUUCUUCCGAAAUUGUGUUUGUAGAUACUACCUCAUCUUGUGAUAUCUCACAAACAAAUGUUACAAUUGUGUCUACAUCAAGUUCCGCAGGAUGUAUCCCUAUUGCUAUUCUAUAUCAUGCUAAUAAAACUGAAGAGAAUUAUGAGCAAGCAUUCAAACUUCUUAAAUUAGAAUGCCCAAGAUGUUUUGGAGGAUCUGAGGAGCCCCAAGUUUUUAUGCUGGAUGACUCAAGUGAAGAAAAAAAUGCACUAAGUUCUGUAUGGCCAACAGCAACAAUGUUAUUAUGUUAUUUUCAUGUAUUACAAGCACAAUGGCGUUGGUUGCUUAAAAAAGCUGCAAAAACUGAUCGUCAAAAACUUUUUUUACCAUUUGUUUAAAAAUGUAUUUAAGUU